AUGUUUAAAGUCUUAUUUCGGAAUGCUAGGGGUACUGGUAGUGAUAAUUUCAGAUCUGUUAUUGCAGACCUUGUUAAACUUCACUCUGUUGAUAUUUUGGCUAUUUGUGAACCUAAAGUUCAAUUUUCAAGAGCCUCUAUUACUCUUAAAAAUCUUGGCUUCACUGAUUCAAGAAUUGUUGAGGCUGAAGGUUUCUCUGGUGGUCUUUGGCUUCUGUGGAAUAAGAAUAAGACUCAGGUUGACUUUAUUGAUGAUAACUUUCAAUCUAUUUCUGUUAAAAUCACUCUCCCAGGCAAGCCUGCUUGGAUGCUUACUGUUGUUUAUGCUAGUCCAACUCACACCACAAGGUCUUCACUGUGGCCCUAUUUUGACAACCUUGCUGCCAUCACGAAUCUCCCUUGGAUGCUUAUUGGAGAUUUUAACGAGUUGGUUUCCAGUGCUGAUAAGAGUUGUGGCCCUUUUACUGGUAGAUUUGGUGCCUUAAGGGAUUGGAUCAACAUGAAUGCUUUGAUUGAUAUGGGUUACAAAGGAUCUUGCUACACUUGGAGCAACAAUAGGGUGAAAGAAAGACUGGAUAGGGCCUUCUGUAAUUGCUCUUGGAGGUCUACUUUUUCUGAUGCCUUUAUUCAACAUCUCCCCAAAACAAGGUCUGAUCAUUGCCCUAUUAUCAUGUAG